ACUGCGAUUUAAUCCCAAAUCCUCUCUCUACCUUUCACUGCAUCUCCAUCUGUGCAGACAAACCCACCUUCCCGAAUCCCCUCCAUUAAUUUUCACUUGCUUUCUGUUCGAUCUCUUCCUUCUAUGGCCACAGUAACAAUUUCCUUAUCCAAAUCACUCUCGUCUUUUGCCUCCAUCCCUAAAAUCAAUUCUAUUCCUCUUUGCUUCCGCCGUUCCUUUGUACCCUUCCGUCGCUCCUUUUUACCAACAAAACUUGAAACCAACCGAACUACUCGCUUCGUCACGAAGAGCACAGCCGCAUCUGGGACGACCAAAAAAGUUAAAACUGAUGACAGAGUGCAGAAAGUCCACAGCAUAGAAGAAUUCGAUGAAGCCCUCCGGACGGCCAAAAGCAAGCUCGUAGUGGUAGAGUACGCUGCCAGCCACAGUCACCACAGCAGUAAAAUCUAUCCGUUCAUGGUGGACCUCAGCCGCACUUGCAGCGAUGUAGAGUUCAUUCUGGUAAUGGGUGACGAAUCAGAAAAGACUAGGGAACUUUGCAAGCGGGAGAAAAUCGACAAAGUCCCUCACUUUAGCUUUUACAAGAGCAUGGAGAAAAUUCAUGAAGAGGAGGGGAUUGGCCCAGACGUGCUUGUGGGAGAUGUGUUAUACUACGGAGAUAACCAUUCUUCCGUGGUACAGCUUCACAGUAGGGAGGACGUGGAGAAGCUGAUUGAAGAGAAUAAGGUUGAUCAUAAGCUGAUUGUGCUUGAUGUGGGGUUGAAGCAUUGCGGGCCAUGCGUUAAGGUUUAUCCGACGGUGAUUAAGCUGUCGAAGCAGAUGGUGGACUCCGUGGUGUUUGCGCGCAUGAACGGCGAUGAGAACGAUAGCUGCAUGCAGUUCUUGAAGGACAUGGACGUGGUGGAGGUGCCUACGUUUUUGUUCAUCAGAGACGGUGACAUUUGUGGAAGGUAUGUGGGUUCCGGUAAGGGGGAGCUUAUUGGUGAGAUCCUUAGAUACCAAGGAGUUCGUGUUACAUACUAGUUAAACAAAAUGAGCCAAAAUGAUCAUGGUUUUACCAUUUGUAUGACCUAAUUAUACAAGAAAUUGGGGAUUUCUACAAUUUGAAUAAUGACAUUGAAAAUUAUCUUUGUAUUU